ACGUGUGUUAGUAGCUAGAUACAAGCAAAUUGAUGUAGGCUAAGAAAACUUUUGUAGAGUAGUUUCAAGUUAGAUUUAUUUCUUAUUCAAGAAAAUAGGCAUUCACUUUGAAGUUCGUAAGACGAAAGUGACUUGACGCUUUGUGGCGCAAAAAAAAAAUAUCAAUCACAAAUAUUAGUAUACGUUUUCAAACUAUGUCCAGUACGAUAAGAACUGUAAAGGGUUUAGUUGCUCUUGUUACUGGAGCAGGCUCUGGGCUUGGAGAAGCUACAGCUAGACGAUUGGUCAGGAAUGGAGCAAGUGUAGUUAUAUGUGAUUUACCAUCCUCAAAUGGACAGAAAAUAGCUGAAGAACUUGGAGAAAAAUGUGCUUUUGCACCUAUUGAUGUGACCAAAGAAAGCGAUGUACAGGAAGCAUUAAAAAUAACAAAAACAAGAUUUCACAAAUUAGAUAUUGCUGUAAAUUGUGCUGGAAUAGGUAUAGCCACAAAAACAUAUAAUUUCAAAAAAGAUGUUCCUCAUUCUUUAGAAGAUUUUAUGAAAGUUGUAACCGUUAACACCAUUGGUACAUUUAACGUUAUCCGAUUGGCUGUCGGUCUAAUGGGAAAAAAUCAACCAGAUGAAGAUGGACAAAAGGGUGUAAUUAUUAACACUUCAAGUGUAGCUGCCUUUGAUGGUCAAAGAGGUCAAGUAGCUUAUUCUGCUAGUAAAGGAGGAAUAGUUGGAAUGACUCUCCCUUUAGCAAGAGAUCUGGCAGUUGAAGGAAUUCGCUGUUGUGCCAUAGCUCCUGGGUUGUUUGAUACUCCACUUUUAAGAGGGCUUCCUGAGAAAGUUCGUCAAGAAUUAGCAAAAGAUGUACCUUUCCCUCAAAGGCUUGGAAAGCCUGAUGAAUAUGCACAUUUAGUCCAGUCAAUCAUUGAAAAUCCCAUGCUAAAUGGCUGUGUAAUUCGAUUGGAUGGAGCAUUACGAAUGCAGCCGUGAAUAAAAUAUAGCAGUCUCAUUUACAAAAGUGCUGAAGCAUCAAAUGCUGAUCUUUGAGCAUUUUUUAAAUAAUUGAAUGAUUGUAGAACAUUGUGUAGUUUUUUAUUGUAAUUAUUUGUUUACUUCUAUAGAAAAAUGCAAUGUAUAAAAUGAUAAUAAAGAUAUUGCAGUUCA